UUGAAAAGUAAUUACUGUUAUAUUAAAGUAAUCAUCAUCAUCACUUAAUUUACUUGAUAUAAAAAUGAAUCAUUUCGAAUAAAUUAAAAAUAAAAAUAAUAAUGUCUGGGAGAAAAAAAACCAACCAGAAAGGUGGAAGACGAGGUCGAGCAUCACCAUCUCCAAUCCCACCGAUGCAACAAAAAAGAUUUAAGGCAAAAAAUUCAUCAUCUCAACCAUGGGCAAAUAAUAGCAGUCAAUCUUCAACUUUUCAAUCUGCUGCUAGUACAGCAGCUGGAGUUGCUGUUGGUUCUAUUAUAGGCCAAGCAAUUGGAAGCACACUUGCUGGCAACAUUAAUCAUGUAUCUUCUGCUAAAGCAGAAUCUAAAAAUAAUUCUGAAGAACCGUGUAUUCCUGAAAUACGAGAAUUCUUCGAAUGCGCUUCAAGAAACGAAGAUCUAGAUACAUGCAAAGCUUAUCAUGAUAUGUGGAUGAAAUGUCAAAAUGGAUACAAACAUAAAAAUUAA